GGCGAAAAUAAUAACUUAUUACAUAAGACCCUCAAUUUAAUUAAUUUUCGAUUUAAUUUAAACAAUAUUCUAAUUAAUUAUGAAUUUCGAAGAUAAUUUCGAAUCAAACUCACCAAAGAACGCAUCAAUUUCAAAAACGGGGAAAAUAUUUAUCGCAAUAACAGGAGGAGUAGCAACCGGAUUAACGAUUUUAUGCGCCCCCUUCGUAAUUCCAGCCUUAAGAAAAGUGUGUUUACCGUACGUACCAGCCACAACCCACCAAAUAACGAACGUUUUAAAAGCACUUAAAGGCCGAAGAGGAAAUCUUAUCGAUUUAGGUUCUGGGGAUGGUCGAAUUGUGAUUGAGGCUGCUAAAAACGAUUUUAUCUCGCACGGGGUUGAAUUGAAUCCUUGGUUGGUGGUUUAUUCUCAAAUCGAUUCGUUUCGGAGGGGUUUGAGGGCGAAAACGAAUUUUUUUUGUAAAGAUUUGUGGAAAUUUGAUAUUGGAAAGUACGAAAACGUGGUUAUUUUUGGGGUUGAGGAGAUGAUGGGAAUGUUGGAGGAAAAAAUUAGAAAUGAAUGCGGAGAUGGUUGUUUUAUUAUCGCUUGUAGGUUUCCCUUGGUGAAUUUGAAACCGAAAAGGAUUAUUGGGAGUGGGAUUGAUACGGUGUGGGUUUAUGAGAUUAAUAAAAAUGAUUGUUAAUAAAA